CAAACUAAAUCUUUAAACCACCUUGAAUUAGGAGCUUCUGUGUCCUGGUGAUGCUGAGAGCGUAGUUGAUAACUAACCGUCUCCCUGAUGGUGAAAAAAAGAGGGUCCUCUCAAACGUCAGAAACAGACCACACAGUCUUAAUCAUCAAGGACACAUGGUAUUCCUCUCUUGGUAGUGUGUUCCCCGGUUAAUGAGAAGGGACGGUGGGAGUGCAUAAGUCUGGAGUCUGCAGCUCGACCCAAAGCAGUCGAGAAAUUGCCAGACGACACAAGUAUGCUGGUGGUGAAUGUCUUGUGCUGCGGAGUGCUGAUGCUCUGCUGGACCCGGCUCUGUGCGGCGCUGCACGUCUCACAAGGACACCGGCUGAUCCCGGACCACAACCCCAUGGCCACUGGAGACCGCCACACAAUGAGCUCAUCAGAGACUUUGGGACAGUCCUCCUCGGCCUCAACAGCUUCUCAUCCCGCCCCCCGCAGCGCACCGUGCUAUGUGGAUGACAUAUUCGCAGCGUUGCGUGAAGGUGCGGGGAGCGACGGUGAACUCACAAACGACACACUUGCUCUGUUUGGAAUCUGCACCGCACCUGACAGUUCAUCAGGCUCAGUCUUAUUGAAGCUCUCGAAGGAAACAAGCAGGAGCCAGAGAAGUGGAUUGGAGAUUUUGCAUCCAACUGGAGCGCUUGUGUCAGAGGAAGACGACAGCGGAGCACUCGUGCUGACCUUUGACCUGCCACAGUCUCCCUUGCUCAGGCUGAGCCCCGUGCUGCUCUUGGCUUUUCAAAGUCCACUCAGAGGAGGCGAAGGCCUGGCCGUCACUUUCUCCAGUCAGUCUAUGAAGCCGAACACGCAGUCUGCGUGUAUUUCAGGAGAAACACAGUACGUACUACUGACGGGAAAAGCAUCAGUGGGCGACGUUUCUCAGAAGUGGAGAAUUUCUGUUGAGCCGAAAUCCCCUGAUAUGAAGCAGAACCUAAAAGACGUCCUCAUUGGUGAGAAAUCAGGAAGUAACAUCAGCAUAACUCCACUGCUGCUUUUCUCCGGGGUAACUGAUACGAGACAGGUUUCGGGUUCACCCCCGGCCUCUUCGCAGACCUUCUCCUUCCUCUGUGAGCUGAGGCGGUUUCUGUGUGGCGUCCUGCCUCAGGACCACCCUGACUCCCCUCAGAUCAAGCUGGACUCGGCUCACUCCAUGCCUCCUCUGUCACUGGGCGUAUCCUCUAACGAGAUGCUGUUGGCAGGACUGAUCAACUCCUCGUACCCCACCGUCUUCUCCUUCACCGGGUGGAGCUCCACGCUUCAGCUGCACCAUGGACAGUUGGCCCUGUCUCCCGCACUGUUGGAGGAGCUCCGGCAGAGGGUGGAGCAGAUUGGGAUGCAGAUAAUGGAGGCAAUAAGGGAGGAGGAGGAGGUGGGUCACAGGGCCACGGAGAGGCUGCGGAGGCUCAAUGAACUCAGUGUGUUGCCGAAGAAGGAACCAGCGGCAGGAGAGAACCAGUACCGUGCCUUUCUGCUGCUGAAGGCCCUGCAGACGGUGGCCCACGCGUAUGAGCAGCGGAGCGGACCGCGGACCACCAGGGCGGACCCCGAUAACCAAGCCAGGGGCAACGUCUGCGGGCUGAAGAGUCUCACCAUCUCCCUUGAAAGGCAUCUCGUGGGUCCAAACACAGCCACCAUCAACAACUGCCGCGGCUCGUGUGCGUUCCCGCUUAUCAAUGCCAACAACCACGCCGUGCUGCUCAACUCCCACAUCGAGAGUGAGAAUGUGGAUGAGCGCGCUCCGUGCUGUGUGCCUGUGGCCUACGACGCCCUUGAGGUUGUGGAUUUGAAUGAACACGGGACUUAUCUCUCCAUUAAACCCGAUAUAAUAGCAAAGGAGUGCGGAUGCCGCUGAAGCUGUUUGUCAUUUGGCAGUGCAUUCAUGAAUAGUUUACUAGUACCAGUGUAUUACCAGUAUUAAUACACUGGUAGAGAGGGCACGUGUUAACCUUGGGAGGCCUUAUCCCAUAUCGUGUAGUAAACUCACAGCAAGAUGUUUCUCACACUCACAGGUAGUCAGGUUUAUUGAAAAAUAUACGUGUUAACAGAUAUUUGAUACUAUAUAAUUCAAGUAUCAGUAUUAUCGUCUUCUAUUAUAAGAAGUUGUCUGAGUAGUAAAAAAACGUAUUGCUUAUUCAAAACCUCUUAUCUUCUUUAAGAGCACAUUGGUGGUUUGAUUCAGUGAUUAAAAUAUGUAUUAAAGUUGAUCGAUAUUUCUGCAUUUGUCUUUUGAAUUUUAAAUUGUCUAGCCUUAUGUUAAAAUAAGAUGCCAAUUAUACCGACGACUGUUUUUUUUUGUCGACCUGCUGUUGUGACGACUAAUGACCUCUGUUUCUUGACCUCUCACUCUUCUUUCAGCAGCUGUGCAUUUUUUAUUCUUUAGCUUUGGGUUUCAGGACGGCUUUGGGGCCAAUCGGCUUCUUUCUUCUCCUUAUCGCUCCGACUUCUUCAGCUCCCCACCAACACAUAAAACUAUCCCAUAUGGAGAUCUGGAGGCACACAGCAGCAGACGACACACAGGUUUACACAUGGCCUUAUGCACAUUUACAACCGCAUGAAGAUCUUUUAUACAGUGCCUUCAAGGAUUAGAUUCUACAGUACAGUAUUUAACGGGUCUAACGUUUAUGGUGUAGUUUUGUUGAAGUUAAAGGGAAAUCAACUAGAAUUGUUGUUUGUGCUUUUCUAUAUUAUUGUACAGUUCAGUUUUACCUGACAUUGAACUGAACACCUGGAGCAGUUCCACAGACAGUGAAGAACCAAAAUUAUUUACACCAUUCAGUCAACUUCUUCUACUAUUACUACAGCAUUAAGUAUAUACUUUAUCUUCAAACUGCACACAGAAACAUAAACAAAAAUCUAUAUUCAUGUGCACUGCUCUGAAUAAGUGUGUGUGGGGGGGGACGCAAAAACCCCCCAAAACAAUCUGACCAUUGAUUUGACUCUAAACAGAAUGCGUGGGCUUUGUGAGAAGGUGUGUGACAGUCGUGGACAAUACCUGAGUUAUUGAACCAUCCUGCAGACUCCUAAUGAAAGAUCUAAUACCCGUCUCCUCAACAAAAGAGCCCACGGCAUCUGCAAAACAAAAUAAUAUACAAGGCACCUUAAACAGUGGAGAAGGAGUUCAGGACACAAAAGCCAUCGACCAGGAAGUGUGGAGUGGAAAAUGCUCAAAUAAUGCACUGAAGUAGAAAGCAUUGUUCGAGGCAGCCAUGCAGUAUAUAUUGUUUACCAUGUGUGUAGCACAUUACUGCAAUAAUCCAGAAAUAAACGAGAUACCGCAUGUUUUUCUUUA